UGCAAAAACAAGUCUCUAAAAUGAGGUAUCCAAACCAUUUUGUUCAACGUUCAGAAAUCCCAAUUUCCCUCCUUUCUGGUUUUCUUUGUUAAAUGAUCACCCAAUUCGAAAAGUUCCCGGCUCUUUCACGAGCUGCAAAACCCUUCCUAUGCCCUACGACCCAUCUCUUUCACUCUUCAGUCCAAGUCGCAGGCAUGAGAUCACUGAGAGCGCUGUACUUUCAAAAGCACAUCUUUAACCUCUCUUCAAACAACUCAUUGUUAAACCCAGCUCAAACCUCGCGUGCGAACUCCAAAAGUCAUGCUUUUUACCGCAAUUUAUGGUCUACCCCCCGUCGCAUGGUCUCUGAAGAGUCGCCGGCCGUUAGCCCAGAUUUAAACGGAUGGGGCGCCGGUUUCAAAGAGAACUCCGGCAUUGAGACUUUCUAUGAUGGUACCACCGGCCGAUUGGUGACUCGAAGAGGACGGUCACAUGAUGAGACAUCCCAAAAGGAAGCAGCUUUGACUUCUGAAAGUGGAAGUUCUUCAAAUUCUGUGGGUUCUUCUCAGUAUGUGUUUGAAUCUGACAGUAGGGUGUAUGGGGAGGUUGUAGGAAAUAGGGGUGGGUUGAAGAAGGUGAAAGGGAAGAAGAUUAAACCAGUAUGGGUAUGCUCGGACUGUGGAUACACGGAUGGUCAGUGGUGGGGUGUUUGUAAGGAAUGUAAUAGCGUCAAUACCUUGAAGCGGUUUUCCCAAGGGGCUGAUCGGCCCACUGGGGGCUUUGGGAUAUCAGAAAAUGUGAUGAGGUCAUGGUUACCUCACCAGCGCGAUAAGUCUAUGCCCAUGAAAUUGUCAGAUGUGAAUAAAGGGAUGAAUCAGUGUAAUUGGAGAAUUCCCUUAUAUGGACUCUUUGGAAUUGAAGUUGAAAGAGUGCUUGGCGGUGGACUUGUUCCAGGCUCCUUAGUUUUAGUGGGUGGAGAUCCCGGUGUUGGCAAGAGCACGUUAUUGUUACAGAUUGCAGCUAUACUAAGUGAAGGGCAAAACACGAUUGAAUCUGCACCAGUUGUUUAUGUCUCUGGUGAAGAGAGCAUUGAGCAAAUUGGAAAUAGAGCUGACCGAAUGAGAAUUGGGACUGAACAACUCUUAUUGUACACAAGUACAGAUGUUGAGGAUAUUCUGGAAAAGAUUCAGCGUCUUUUACCACGUGCUUUAAUAAUUGAUUCCAUUCAGACAGUCUAUCUCAGAGGAGUAGCUGGAAGUGCAGGAAGCAUAACACAGGUGAAGGAGUGCACAGAAGCAUUUCUCCGUUUUGCCAAGAAGACCAAUAUUCCUGUUCUAUUGGCUGGGCAUGUCACUAAAACUGGUGAAAUAGCUGGACCCCGAGUCUUAGAGCACAUUGUCGAUGCCGUCUUGUAUAUGGAGGGAGAGAAGUACUCUUCUCACCGAUUGCUCAGGUCUGUGAAGAAUCGUUUUGGAUCCACAGAUGAGCUUGGUGUAUUUGAAAUGUCAGAUACAGGCUUACAAGCUGUUGCAAACCCUAGUGAAAUGUUUCUAAGUGAGCAGCACUCAGAUUCUGAUUUUUUAGUAGGGCUUGCUGUUGCUGUAGUUAUGGAUGGAUCACGGGCCUUUAUCAUUGAAGUUCAGGCACUGUGUGUUGCUGGCCUAUCUGUGUCCAGAACAGUAGAAGGUGUUCAGCGAAGCAGGGCUGACAUGGUCGUUGCAGUUCUCAUGAAGCAAGCUGGUCUCAAGCUACAAGAAAGUGGUGUGUAUCUGAAUGUCAUCAGCGGAUUUAAACUGUCAGAGACUGCUGGAGAUCUUGCUAUAGCAGCAGCCAUUUGCAGCAGUUUCUUGGAAUGUCCUGUACCAAUUGGCUUUGUGUUCAUUGGAGAGAUUGGACUUGGCGGUGAACUUCGUAUGGUAUGUUUAGGGUGCCGUUAAUGGAAAAAAGGAUAAGUACAGUGGCAAAACUGGGAUACAAGAAGUGUGUUGUUCCCAAGUCUGCCGUGAAGAGUUUGACAAAGCUAGAACUUGGUGAUUUAGAGAUUGUGGGAUGCGCAAAUCUGAAGGAGAUGAUCAAUCUAGUGUUUCAGUAGGACGUCUGGUAUAAAGUAUAAACCUCUUUUGUGUGUAAAAUUUUGUAUAAAAAUUAUGAAUGAAUUGUUUUUCCGGCCUAUAACAGAUUCAAAUGUUGGGUGGUCGCCUAUUUUGGGGGAGUUCAGGUGUGGUUCUGAUCCCAAAGAAUAUAUUCUUGAUUGAGGUUCCUUUUAGUUCUCUAAAUAUAUUAUGAAGUUCAUCGAUAUUUUUCUUUUUUAUGAAAAAAUGAUACAAAUACAACUUCCAGC